AUGUCCUCGUGGAUCAGCGAUGGAACCGACAUUACGUCUCAGAUUGAACGCCUUUUCAGUGGUGAACAUACAAGGCUGGUGCCGACCAUUUUGCCUGAGGAUGCUACUGGCAAAAUUGCAUUCCGAUCCUACACUACUAAUGAUGCCAAGCCGAACGUGGGAAUUGGUGCCUCUUCCAGUCUGUUCUCGUCAAUCUAUGAUGUCGGCAACUGGCUGAUCCUUGAUUUAUUUCUUUUGGGUGGUUUUGCCACUGAUCUGUUUGCCUUGAUGUUGAGAAAGAUGGAAAGGUUAAGGCUAUGA